AUGGCGUCGGACUCGGACCAGUCCUCGCAGAUCAUGGUGAAUGGCAUUCGCUAUGAAGAUCGCCUCAUGGUCGAUGGACCUAGCACGCCCCUCGACGACGAUACAAUCAUCCCCAUGUCGCAGCAGAGCAUCCCGGCUACCGAGAUGCCCAACUCCCCGCUGAACCACACUACCGCGUCUUUCCGAUCUGACAGCACCGACGAUCUUGCCGUACCCGCCGUUAUUCCCUCGUCUCUCACCCCACCCCCCUCCUCACAAGUACCUGGCGUCGCCGCCGCCGCUCCCUUCAACGCCCAGGCCUUCAAUGGAUCUUCACAGCUCACUGGUAUCGUCUCGCCCCCAGAAACCGGCCUGGCAGCAGUCAAGAGAGAAGAUGGCGUGCCUGGAUACAUGACACCGACGCAGGAACAAAUUUCAGAGGCAUCCCCCGAGACCCUUCGUCGCAUGCUCCAGAGCCUGGUGGCCGAACACGCUCAGGUCAAGAUGCAGGCAGCCCACCACCGCAUGCAGAACGUGCUGCUCACAUUCCAGGCCCAAGAAGACGCGAACCGAGCGCAAGUCGAGCACGAGCUCACCAGACGGGAGGUGGACGUUUUGCAAAAGGCCGAAUCAGCUCGGCAAGCCCGGCGCGAAAUCAGCACAGCGACCGAAACCGCACAGGCGCGGUACAUGAAGCUCGAGGAGAUGUACAAGGAGUUGGUAGAGGAAAACAAGGCGCUCAACCAGCGGCUUAGGGGCGCCAGGAAGGUUUUGGAGGAGCGCGCCGACCAGAUUGCCAGCUUGCAGGAGGAUCGGGAGGUCAUGCUCAACCGCAUCCGGGAGAACCGUGAACACUUUCAUAUCCUCUGUAGUCCUGGGGGUAUGUUCCAUGGGGCUCUGACGCCCAAGGUCACACAGGCGCAGAGCCCUCAACAGCAGCGGGCUACACCGCGACAAACGCCUAGGUCAGCACAGAAGGAGGUCCAUCAUCGGGGCCGUGGUCACAAUUUGGCCGAUCUGCUUGAAGCACUCAGCCAGGAUAACAACAGCGCGCCAUCGACGCCAAUCACUGGUCACCGUCCACGGGCCGCCGUAGGACCUAAGCACACUCGAAACGUACAGUCCAUGUCUUCCCUCCCUACCACGCCGGUGCGAUUUCGCGGUGAUAACGGAGGAUUAUUACCAUCAGCCGACCUAGUUCCCCAGACCGAACCACCACAGCGAUUUCCUCGAUUUUUGGCCCACACUCCCACCGCACCCAAGAGUGCUGAGCGUGAGCGACGCAGGAGUAGGGAGUCGACCAUCUCGGCGGAUGAUAACGAGGAGUUGGCACGGCAAGCACUAAGGUCCAUUACUACUGCGGCACCAUUUGCCCCCCGUGCGUCUGUCAGCUCGCAGCGGUCUCGCGGGUCACAGAGGGUACAAGAUGGGGAGGUGGAAGAGGAAGAGAUUUAUGAAAGUCAGGCCAGCCAGGCCGCGUCGGAGAUGUUGAGGUGGGAUCCGAGGGAGAGCUUCGAGGUUGCGGCUUCGGUACAAAACUCACGAGAUGGGACGCCAGCCGCGGCGGAUAAGAGCGCGAAGCUUCAGGCGAAGCUGUUUGGGCCAUUGAAUAAGAGCGGUGGUGCUUUGGCCGGGAGUGGGAAGAGGAAGCUUGGUGAGCUUGAGCGGACUAUGGAUGUCUAUGCCGUUGGUGGUGUCCAAAGCAAAAAGUUGAGAGAUGGAAGGGUUGGGCUGGGGAUACAGUACAGCCAGGAGUCGGCUUGA